AUGAAGGCUUUAAAGUUUGGCUUUCUCUACCUCCUCCUUGAAGCAAAUGAGGCCAUUAAGUACAAAAAAUGUGAACUAUAUGACGAACUUAUGAAAAAUGGACUUGACGGUUUUGAAGGACUCAACCUAGGACACUGGAUAUGCUUGACUUUGUUUGCCACUGGAUAUAACACAAAUCAUUAUGAGUUCACACGGGGUAUUCCAUACUAUGGACUAUUUUAUCUCAGUGGCCGGGAGUGGUGCACCAAUGAGAGGCAUGCCUCAAAGAACCUGUGCAAAAUUCACUGCGAAAAAUUUCUAGAUGACGAUAUCAGAGAUGACAUUGAAUGUGCAAAGAAAGUUGCAGCCAGCAAGAAGGGAAUGCUGUCUUGGAAACCUUUUCAAGAUUACUGCAGACACCCAAUGCCUGAAAUAGUGUUUUGGGAAUGCAAGCGGAAAAAAUAA